AAUGCGCAUGCGCAAUGAGAUGAAUGGCCGCUGCACCUGACACAGCCCCACCAGGAAGAGUGUGUGGCGGACAAAUCCUCUGCCGUUAAUCCCCCGGUUGCUCGGUACCGACAGACAGUAGCAUGCUCAGCGGACCGGACCGCUCAGUCUGACCCUCGGGACCGUCUCCGCUGCGGGCUCGCGCUGGUGGCAGAGCGCGCGGGGCUGUCUGUGUCUUCCUCCCGCCUUCCCGCCUUCCAGCCCCGCCUGUCGGGCUCGAGACGCAGCUGCUGCUGAACCGAGGCUCCGCGAGGCUCCGUGAGGCUCCGCGAGGCACCGGGCACGGGCCACCCUGACUGCAAUGGGAUGCUGCGGUAGCACGGAGAGGACAAAGAGAGAAUGGAGACCACUGGAGGACCGGAGCUGCACCGAUCUACCCUGGUUCCUGCUCUUCACUGUCUUCUGCGUCGGCAUGGGCAGUAUCUGUGGCUUCAGCAUCGUGACGGGCGGCGCUGCCCGGCUGGUGUUUGGGUACGACAGCUACGGCAACACGUGCGGUCAACGCAACGAGCCAAUCGAAGGCGUCCGGCUCAGCGGCCUCGACCACACAGACAGGAAGUUCGUGUUCUUCCUGGACCCCUGUAACAUCGACAUCGUGCAGAGGAAGAUCCGGUCGCUGGCGCUGUGCGUGUCUCUGUGUCCCAGCGAGGAACUCGCCACCUACCAGGACCUCAAGAGGUUCGCCAUGCUCAACGGUUCAGAGCUGUGUUCCUAUGAGUUAGCUGGUCAUAAAUAUCCCGGUCUACCAGAGAGGUUCUCUAAAUGUCCCAAACUUCCUGUUCCACCCAGUAAGCCCCUGACCUCUGACCCCUGCAGUAAUAAGCCCCUGACCUCUGACCCCUGUAGUAACCCCUGCCGCUACGUGCGCAUUCGCUACCAUGUGUCUGCAGGCCUGUCGAUGAUCCUCAUGUUGAUCAUCCGGUAUAUCUCGGCGGUCCUCGUCUGGAUCCUGACCUCGCUGGUCGUCCUCGGAUCCCUCGCCUCACGCUGCUGUUCCUGGGGACCACAGGUCAGCCUCAUUCCCCCUGCUCCCUCAUUCCCCCUGCUCCCUCACGCUGCUGUUCCUGGGGACCACAGGUCAGCCUCAUUCCCCCUGCUCUCUCAUUCCCCCUGCUCCCUCAUUCCCCCUGCUCUCACACGCUGCUGUUCCUGGGGACCACAGGGAACCCGGUCCAGAACGAGGAGACGGGUCUGACAGAGUUCCGGCUGACGGGCCCGCUGCAGUACCUGACCUGGUACCACGCGGUCGGGCUGGUCUGGAUCACCGAGUUCAUCCUGGCCUGCCAGCAGAUGACCGUGGCCGGCGCCGUCGUUACCUACUACUUCACCAGGGAUAAGAACCGUCUCCCGGUGACUCCCAUCCUGUCGUCGGUGCUGCGGCUGGUCCGGUAUCACCUAGGAACCGUUGCUAAGGGAGCCUUCAUCAUCACGCUGGUCAAGAUCCCCCGACUCAUCCUCAUGUACCUGCACAACCAGCUCAAAGGAAAGGAGAACGCCUGCGCUCGCUGUCUGCUGAAGACCUGUAUCUGCUGUCUGUGGUGUUUGGAGAAGUGCCUCAACUAUCUCAAUCAGAAUGCCUAUGCAGCGACAGCUAUCAACAGCACCAGUUUCUGUACGUCAGCGCAUGCAUGCCUGGAUCCCAUGAGAACCCUCAGCAUCCCACACCAUCAACGCUAUCGAGACUCUGUCCUCUCUCCCUGGGGAAGGCCGUCUCCUCGGCCCCUCCUGGGGGCAGAACCUAUAUCUUAA